AUGAGCCCGUGUUUACCGAAGAAGAGAAACUCCAUGAGUUCUCCCAAGUUGGAGAUGUCCGUGGAGCACCAGAUUCCUGUGUUGAUGAAAAAGACGCAGAUGAGCGGAGAUCGCGCAGGGUCGCAGUGCGGACUGACCUCGCUGCUGCCGAUGUCGUGCGGCCGACGCGCCGCGGCGUUCGCGCGCGAUCUGCACUCGCGCCUCAGCAACCUCGGCGGUGCACACGACGACCACUGUGAGAACAGUUGGCUCACACGCGACGCCAGUUCACAGCACAGGCCUACGACCUCCACCAACACACGAGAUCUCGACACUUUCUAUGACUUUGAGUUAGAGUGUGAGAGCCCAUCCAGCCCCGUCGAUGACUACGAGCCUGCCUUUCCAGAAAGAUCUCCCACCGAGGACCAAGAACCACCUUUUUAUGACGUCGAUUCUGAGCCUGAAUUAGCUAAAGAACAGGCCAAGUUUUUAUUACAGCAACCAGAUAAAACACAAAAUGGCUUCAUAUUUUCUACGGCUUUUUACACAGAGUGCACUCCGCCAGUGAAACUUCAACCAAUCUCGCGUGAAAAUGGUCACGCAAAUAAACGAUUAUAUUCUGCAAUCACAUUUGAGGGUUGUGCACCACAAAAUAGUCUCGAUGAAAUCGACUGUGCCCCGAAACCGAUCGCUGCCUUACAUACGGACGCUAUUAGUUUAACUAAUUUGCCAAGUACCGCAGUAGACAGUGACUCAGAAUUUGAAUCAGCAAAAAGUGAACCAUCUGAUGGUGUUGAAGCAGAAGAAUUACAAAAUGAAAAAAGCGAUGAAACUCAUACGACAGAAUGUCUGGAAAAUUUAUCACUGGCCGAAGUUGAAAUCCCACUCGAUGAGGAAACCCCAACGGAAGAAACUAACGGAAUAGUUAAAUGCAACGAAAUCAGUAGGGAACCUUUAAAAAUAAUAACCAGUGAAGUUUCUGUUGAUAAAGAAAUAUCGCCAGCACCUGAAAUCGAGCCGUCCCUAUUAAAUGCAGAAGUAAAUGAUGAAAACCACAACGAAACUGAAGUCGAAGUAGAAGACGACCGACCUCAACGUGUUAGGCGCUGCUCCUCACUCAAAACAGGAAAGACGCCACCCGGCACUCCUGGCCGUAAGAAAAUUGUACGUUUUGCAGACGUUUUAGGCCUUGAUCUAGCAGAUGUAAAAACUUUUAUGGAUGAGAUACCUGUUGUACCCAAAUCUGCCUAUGACGAUCUUACUGGUUGCGAUGUGCAGAGUACUCCACCAGCAAGACCAGCACCACGACUUGGCGCUCUGACGCUGGUCCCACUGUUCCAACUUCCAGUAGACAUUACGGAUAAAUUAGAAACGCAAAAUGUGUGCCUUGAAAGCGCUCGCGUGUGUGAUGGUGUGCAUGUCACCGUGUGUGGCUCUGUGCGAGUACGAAACUUAGACUUCCACAAGACUGUACAUAUACGCUACACUAUGAACAGAUGGAAAACAUACACGGACUUGCAGGCUACAUACGUGCAAGGUUCUUGUGACGGUUUCUCUGACCGUUUCCAAUUUGUACUGUAUGCUCCCGCAAUAUCUUCUGGACAGCGAUUAGAGUUAGCCGUAAGAUUCUUAUGCAAGGGUCAACAGUUCUGGGACAGCAAUAGUAGUGCUAAUUACUGCUUCGACUGUCUCGCGCUAGGCGCGGUAACGCCGGCGAGUGCGGCUAAUGCUUCGGGUACGUCGGCACCACUGCACCCCACGGUCGACUGGCACCCCUCGUUCUACUGA